AUGCAACUCUGCUGGGCCACAAGCGCUGGCUGGUGCUGUUUUGUGCGUUUGUGUGGCCGAGGCAGGUCGAAGUUGUUCGAGUUCAUUCGAGAUUAUUCGAAGUCUGGUUGCGGCCUCUUGUCCGGCCCAACUGGUUCCAUUCGCUCAUCCUUCUCUCCAUAUUUCCCCGCGUCUCUCUGCCUCUUCCAGACCGACGAUCUGGACACCACGAACCCGGCCGGCAGCUCGUCGGCCGUCGAGGCAAGGCGACGCGCCUGGCUCCGAUUGAUGGCUCGUCUCGAGGUCGUCCUCUGCUCGUUGGAGGCUAGUCAAUAUCGACCCGUCUGCCUGGCCUUGGCUCUGCUGGCCGAGCAGCGAGUCGUCGGCCUUCCAAAGCUGGCCAAAGUCUGCGGUGUAAGUCAACAAUUGCCCGUUUCCCUCUCCCGAUGA